AUGAAAUACGACGCUUCGGAUGAGCGGUGGGCUAAUCCCCCGCAGCCAGUGGCUGCGGCGGAGCAAGCACCUGCGUUCGAUCAUUCGAUGGUCAGCGAGGAGUAUGAGCAUGAUAAAAAGAAGAACCCAGCUCCAAAGCAAGGAAUCUCGUUUUCUCAAGCUCUCUUGGCUUCUGGACACGAGAAAUCGGAUGGAAAGAUCAAGUUGACGGCGAGUUCGUUUAUGGAAGUUGGAUCGUAUGCGGUGUUUCUGAUUGUGUUGGUUUAUGUUGCCUUUGCCCAAAAUAGCAUCCAAUCCUACUACUACACCAAAGUCAUGAGCGAUCUCUUCGUCUCCGCCUCUGGCGCCAACGGAGCCCCAGCCUUCGGAUCAUGCACCUCUAUGGAUAAUAUCUGGGAUUGGUUCUCUCAAGUCCUGAUCCCCGGUAUCUAUUGGACGGAGAAUUCGAAUUCGACGGAUAACGAGAACAUGAUUUACUAUGAGAACCGGUUGUUAGGAGAGCCUCGGAUUCGGAUGUUGAGAGUGACCAAUGAUUCGUGUACUGUGAUGAAAAGUUUCCAGAGGGAGAUCAAAGAGUGUUUCGCGAAUUAUGAGGAGAAGUAUGAGGAUAAGACGAAUGUGGCAGAUGGGAGUGUUGAUGCAUACAUCUACGCCACAUCCAAAGAACUUGAAAACUUCGACACUGUGGGUACUAUCUCAACCUACGGAGGUGGUGGAUUCGUUCAACGUCUUCCGGUAUCUGGAUCCACCGAAGCUCAGUCAGCGAUUGCCACGUUGAAAGCAAAUCGAUGGAUUGAUCGAGGAACAAGAGCUAUUGUUGUGGAUUUUGCGUUGUAUAAUGCCAACAUCAAUCUUUUUUGUGUUGUGAAACUACUCUUCGAGCUCCCUGCAUCUGGUGGUGUCAUCACGACUCCUAAAAUCAUGACCUACAAUCUAAUGACCUAUCAAGCUUCAUCUGGAACCCGUAUGAUUGUUUUCGAAGGGAUUUUCUGUGGUUUCAUUCUCUUUUUCAUCUUCGAAGAGCUCUUCGCCAUCGCCCGCCACCGUCUUCAUUACCUAACUCAAUUCUGGAAUCUGGUCGACGUAGCGUUGCUGGGAUUCUCAGUUGCCACUAUCAUCCUCUCCAUGAAGCGUACAAAAACUGCAACGAAUCGUGUCAACUCUGUCAUAGAAAACGGGUUGACAAAUGCUCCGUUUGAUGACGUCACUUCUGCGGAGAACGCGUACUUGAAUAUCAAAGCCUGCGCGAUUUUCAUUGCAUGGGUCAAGGUGUUCAAGUUCAUUUCCGUCAACAAGACAAUGUCUCAAUUGUCAUCUACACUGACGAGAUCUGCAAAGGAUAUCGGAGGAUUUGCAGUCAUGUUUGCUGUGUUCUUCUUUGCAUUCGCUCAGUUUGGAUACUUGUGCUUCGGAACACAGAUCGCCGACUACUCCAACCUCUACAACUCGGCGUUCGCUCUCCUCCGUCUUAUCCUCGGAGACUUCAACUUCUCCGCACUGGAAAACUGUAACAGAUUCUUCGGUCCCGCCUUCUUCGUCGCCUACGUCUUCUUCGUCUCGUUCAUUCUGCUCAACAUGUUCUUGGCUAUCAUCAACGAUUCGUAUGUGGAAGUGAAGGCAGAGUUGGCUAGAAAGAAGGAUGGGGAAGGAAUUUUGGAUUGGUUUAUGAAUAAAGUCCGUGGUCUAACGAAACGAGGAAAACGUCCGGAUGCCCCUGGAGAGGAUGCCACUUAUGAGGACUACAAGAUCAUGUUGUACCGUGCAGGAUACGCUGAGAAGGAUAUCAAUGAGGCAUUCACUCGAUUCAAUGUGACCACUAUGACCGAACAUAUUCCGGAGAAAAUGGCGGAGGAUAUUGCUGAUGAGGUGGCGAGAGUGACUGAGCAAAAGAGGAAUUAUAUGGAGAAUCACAGGGAUUAUGCGAACUUGAACCGUCGUGUCGACCAAAUGCAAGAAUCGGUGUUCAGUAUUGUUGAUCGCAUCGAAAAUGUGAAUGUAACCCUUCAAACCAUCGAGAAACAAAGAAUUCAACAACAGGAUGGAGGAAAUUUGAUGGAUUUGAGUGCCCUACUGACCAGCCAAGUCCGUAACCGUGAAUCCGCCCGUCGUCAAACCAUCACCUCAAUCGCCGAUAAGAAGGAGGACUUGAACCGCCGUGUCGACCAAAUGCAAGAAUCGGUGUUCAGUAUCGUUGAUCGCAUCGAAAAUGUGAAUGCUACCCUUCAAACCAUCGAGAAACAAAGAAUUCAACAACAGGAUGGAGGAAAUUUGAUGGAUUUGAGCGCCCUUCUGACCAGCCAAGUCCGUAACCGUGAAUCCGCCCGUCGUCAAACCAUCACCUCAAUCGCCGAUAAGAAGGAGGAGUAG